CCUACUGAACAUCGGCAACGAGGAUUCUCGAUUCCUGAUUGGAUGUGCGUCCCACCUGAGGGACCGCGGAGCAGUUCCGGGAUUCCUACAUUGGCCUAGCAAAGUAACUGGCCGAAAACCGAAGCGAAAGACAUCUAAACAUAAGACUAUUGUGAAAGGGACAGCCUGCCGAUACAACACCAGAGGGUGAGAGAAGACUUCUGAGGACAAGAGAGAGUGAGAGCAGGCAGUUCUUUCCCAUGAAAUCUCUCCGGUUUGAGUUGGGCUCCGUUUGAAAAGGCACCAUGGGAAAAGAGGUGUGCCUGCCGUGGUUCCGGAGAUGGGAAGGGUCUCUACACCUGGACUGGACCCAGUGUGGCGAUGCCACGGAAACGCUGAUCUGGCUUCUGUUUGGGAUGAGCUGAUUUGACUGCCGAACGCACAGGGGCUGGAAGCUCGAUCCGAUUGGUUCAAUGAUCCAACAUUCAUUAUUGAAGCCCUGGAUAUGAACAGUUCUUUAUACACAGGGAGCUGGAUGCUCUAAAACAAUUUAUGAAAUAGCUUUUAUAAACUAGCUUUAAGGUGUUUUUUGUUUGUCUGUUUUGGGGGUUUUUUUCACAGGGAAGAGCUGCAAGUGGACUUUUCCAGAAGUGUGUCUUUGGAGUCUGCAUGGUUUUCCCCUGCUCAGCAUCCGUUCCCAAGAUCUCUCUUCUGUGCACAUUGUCCCCUCCACGUUGCCCGCGCUAACCUCUUCCUGCCACUCUGUGCCUCGAUCACUCACGGCAGAAAGUUGAACCUUAUCUCUGUCACUUCCAGUUGUUUUUUGGCCUUUGUCUCUUCCACUACCUCCUCGGGGCCUGCUCAUUUGGUCAUCCCUUUAAUUUGACUUUUCUGUGAAAGGAAAGGCUUUUGAACUUCCAGGUUAUUGCAAUGUUACGUUUGGACUCCUAAUCCUAUUGAAAGUCGUACAUUUAGUUCUGAGGAUUCUGGAUACAAAAGCUGAUAGGCAAGGGUGUCUGAUGAGAACCAGAUAGGUGUGUGUGUUUGUGCCCUUGUGUAAGGCUUCUAUGCAAAAAGGGUUAGGGUUGCACUACAGUUUGGAGUGGUUAUAGCUAGCUUAGAUGUAUUUAUUGUUGCACCAAAAACAGUUACUUUAAAGCCAUACAUGAAUAUUUAUGAAGAAGGCACAGCUAUUUUUGUAUCACAGUAUUUGAGUUGAAGUGUUUUCUGAAGCUCCAUUGAAAUGAUAGAACUAGUAUAUAGAACUAGUAUAUAUUUACACGCAACAACAACAUAUAUAUUUACAUGCAACAAUAAUAUGCAUGCAAAGAAAGUAUAGAUUGUGGUACAUAUUGUAAGAAGUAUUUCAGUGUGAUAAUAGAGAGAGGUCUGAUAAACCACUAGUCAGAGGCUCCUCAGAUUGCUGCUUUGUGUGAUCAGAAUAAUUGUACUAUUGUUGCCCUUCCUCAAUCCAAUCAUGCCCCCUGUGCCUAUGGGCACUUUGCAGGCCUUACAUUAAGAAAUCCCACUACUUGAGUAGCCCAACUCUCUCCUAUCUGUCUCCUAUAUCUCUCUCUAUCUCUCUCUUUCUCUCUCUAUCUCUCUCCUAUCUCUCUCUCUCUGUGAUGCCGGGGUUCAUUAGCGGGGGGGUCGGCGGGGGGUUAGGCCCCGUCUCCUCUCCUCCCCGCCCGUUCCGCCCCAGUCGCUACGUCCCGGUCUCCGCAGCAACGACCUUCCUGGUCGGCUCCACCACCCUGUUUUUCUGCUUCGCCUGUCCGUGGCUGUCUGAAUCCCUGUCGUCCGUCAUCCCCGUCUACAGCGCUGUGGUCUUCCUCUUCACCCUCGCCAACUUCUGCAUGGCCACGUUCAUGGACCCCGGAGUCUUCCCCAGAGCGGAGGAAGAUGAGGACAAAGAGGAUGAUUUCCGCGCUCCUCUCUACAAGACAGUGGAGAUCCGAGGGAUCCAGGUCAGGAUGAAGUGGUGCUCUACCUGCCGCUUCUACAGGCCCCCGCGCUGCUCCCACUGCUCUGUCUGCGACAACUGUGUGGAGGACUUUGACCACCACUGCCCCUGGGUGAACAACUGCAUCGGCCGCAGGAACUACCGCCACUUCUUCCUGUUCCUGUUGUCGCUGACGCUGCACAUCGUGAACGUGUUUGGCUUCGGCCUGGUCUACGUCCUGCACCACCGGCACCAGCUGGACGGCGUGCACGCCGCUGUCACCAUGACCGUCAUGUGUGUGGCGGGCCUCUUCUUCAUCCCAGUAGCAGGACUAACUGGUUUCCACAUCGUGCUGGUAGCACGGGGGCGGACCACCAACGAGCAGGUCACAGGGAAGUUCAGGGGCGGAGUCAACCCCUUCACCAAUGGCUGUUCUCGAAACAUCUCGUACGUUCUCUGCAGCUCCCAGGCACCCAGGUAUGUGGGGCGAUGGAGGGACCCUCAGGCAGUGGAGGUUACCCCCCCGUUCCUCCGCCCGGCACUCACUGAAGCCCAGCUAGAGGCCAAGGUCCUGGACAAUGGCAUCCACAACGACCACCACAGCACCCGGUCUAAAAGCAGUUUGGACCAGAUGGAGAGCCAGUCUGCCGACGCAGAACCUCCCCCUCCUCCUAAACCUGAGCUGCGCUACGCUGGUCUGCCCCGCGCCGACACUGAGGAGAGCAGUUUGUUGACGGAGGCUCCGCCCACUCCCUCUAUGUACAAGUACAGACCAGCCUUUGGCAGUCCUGGGAGGAACCACACAGCCCUCACACACCCCAACAAGUUGAUCCGUGGGGACAGCCUGGAUUCCCCCUCCAUCCUCCAUACUAGCAGGCAGCCCAGCUACCGCUCAGAGCCCAGCAGUCUGGACGGGGGGACGGUGGUGGCGCUGGGGGCGCGCAGGGGGGGAGUGGAGAGGGGCGAGGGCCCCGGGGGGCCCGGUGGGACAGGGGGGGUCUCUGUGGGCAUGUCGGGGUACUCCCUGGCAGGGCGGUCCUACACCUCCUACCCUUCCUCUCUGGUCCUGUCCACGGGGGGCUCGCACUCCUCCAGCCUUCGCUCCGCCCACACGGCGCACAACGCCCUGGGCACCCUCCAAUCGGAGGGCACCACCGACACCAGCUACAAGAGCCUGGCCAAUCAGACGCCUCGAAACGGCAGCCUGUCCUACGACAGCCUGCUGACGCCGUCGGAGAGCCCCGAGUUUGAGUCGGCGGUGCACGAGCUGUCGCCCCAGCAGCCCCACGGGCCGUUCCCCCCCGGGGCCGGCGCCUCCCCCCCGGGGCCGGCGCCCCUGCAGGGCUACACCUCGCCCUACCUCUCCGCUCAGAUCGCCCAGCAGAGGGAGGGCCAGCUGCUCCAGGGCUCUGCCUCCUUCUCCUCCCCCCACAGAGCCUACCUGCGUGCCGUCAGCCCGCUCCACGCCGCCCCCUUCGCCCACGCCGCACCCCCCGAGGCCCAGAAGCUCCUCCCGCAGGACCCCCGGCCCCCCCGCCCCCCCUCCUCCCGCCCCCCGCCCAGGUCGGACCCCCUCUCCUCCCCCCCCCGCUCUCCGGACCCCCCCUUGUCCCCGCCUCCUCGAGGGCCCUCCCUGGGCAAGUCGGUGUCCUACACCGCGGAGGCGGGGCUCCAGAACAAGGCUCACCCGGUGGGAGGAGGCGGUGCUUUGGGAGGAGGCGGAGUCGGAGGGACGAAGGCUCCACAAUCCACCUCUCGCCCAGGCUUGGCAAAUCACAGCACAUCCAAACCAGGGGGCGGGGUGAAGAAGGUGACCGGCGUCGGAGGGACCACCUAUGAGAUAUCAGUUUGAGUGACGGACAUCCAAACGGGACUAUGAGAAGGAGAUUUUUCCCCACUCGACAAGUUAGAAAUAACUCACUGAUGGAGAGAGUUUGACAUGGCACGAAUGUUUCAUCACACACAAACGUACCAUAAAUGGACAACUUUAAUCUCCUAUGUCUGCACAGAGGACAGGAGAGAAAGGGCUGUGUAACAAACCUUUGACAGUCAUUUUGUCCAGAUCUUUUGAUAAAUUCUACGGCUGUCCAUUUUUCUCUGGCAGUCUUUCAUAUUUUAUCCAGUAGCAGGGGAACUGGAACACGGAUAAUGGGUCUGGAAUGGGCCAAACACUGAUCUGCCUCUUUGCCAGAUAUAGACUAAUAAUUACGUCAUGGACUUUAUCAUCAAGACUGGGUACAAAAAUGUCGAACUUGCAAAGCGAUAAAGAGAUAUUCUUUUUGGUACAAUAAUUAGCACAUGAAGAAGAAGGAAAUAUAGUCUCGGAAGGUGACCAAUCAUGACUGUUGUUGGUUCAGGACUUUCUCUGAUAUCAUCUGGAUGGACCAAGUACUGCAGUAGAAUCACUAAGAGGCAGGACUCCACUAAGAUUUAUGACUGGGUAGAGAAAUUAUCUUUCAACCCAUUUAAGUUUUUUUUGUUUUAUUUCAAAAAAAUGUUUUCUUUCUUUUUUAAGAUUGUUUUUUAUAAAUGUAUUAAGGAAUUAUAGUCAGAAUUGUGGUCAAAUGGUCAGAUGAUGAACUAAUGAUAAAAGGAGUGGGCGAAUCGAGAACAAGACCUGUCGCCUGCUUCGAUGGAUAGAUUCUUCAAACAGUCAAAGAUCUUUGCUCAAGUUCUAAUCCCCAAAAUGAAGCUGACUUCUAAAGGACAGCUGUAGUGGCAAACGGAGGAUGCUGAAAUCGACAAAGAAAUUCAGAAUAAUCAUUUCAGCACAAGCCUUUUUCUGGUGGAAUGUACACUUGUAACAUUUAGGAUUGAACCCUUUUAUGCAGAUUCUCUGUUGGUAGCUUUGAUGAUUGUUUGCUCUCUUUUGUGUUUUGCAUUAUGUCUGUCAAUCAAAUGCUAGGAACAUCCUCUGACGUGGAAUGAUGGCCAGCCAAAUAUGUUGAGGUUCUAAUGGGCUUAUUUAUUUUACCAGACAAGUUAACAUUUUAGUAAUGGACCCAAUUCUUAACAAAUCACUAUCAUGAGGAAUGGUGCAGUAACCUCAUACAUGUAUAGAUUGUCAUUGAAAAAAAUGCUCAACUUAAAUUAUUUGCAGAAAGGACAAGGGAAAGGGACAAAGAUGGUCCACAUAAGAAAAGAAAAAGGUUUUAGACUUUCCUUUAAAAUAUGGAGAAGAGUGUUUGGUAGAGAGCGCUUUUACAUCUGCCUUGAGACCAUUCACAGUGAAACUAUUUACUUUUUGAAUCGUCAGUUUUGUUUUUCAGGUAUUUUUUAGUCUUUUUUUUAUGAACAAGGAGCAGUUUAGUAUUGGAUCCUUUUUUUGUGGUUCAUUUUAAUUUCUCUUCUGCUUUUAUGGUACAAUUUAAUGUUUGGCCCACAAGCAGGUUUAAGAAGGCACCAUCAGAAAGAGGAUGGUGUGUGUGUGUGUGUGUGCGCGCGCGUCAGGAGUCUGUAUCAAGAUAGUGUGUUCAAGUUGUCGUUUUUAAGUACAGCCCCACAAAUGGAGGAUGGAAUGCCCAAGCUAGCCGAACGUAGAGCUGCACACCUUUUCAUUGGAAAGCUCACGCUUUGAAGCACACAUCCCAUUACAGUGUCAACCAAGCAAGCGGGCUUCUGUAGCCGAGCAUGUCGCGUCAGUUUCAUCUCUGGUUUGUGAGACCAGAGAUGAACACCUAGUGGAAUGCACGCCUGGCAGAUGUAUGUCUGUGUGCGACAACCGUGAUGAUGAUGAU